AUGGGCCGUGUCUUCCCCUUUAAUAUUGCAUUUGAAGACCAUUUUAAAAUUCCCGACUUCCUGACAGAGGAAGAGUGCAAGCUCAUCGUCCAUCUGGCCCAGCUGAAGGGACUGCAGAAGAGCCAGAUCCUACCAACGGAUGACUAUGAGGAAGCCAUGGAAAUGAUAGAAAUCAGCCAGAUGGACAUUUUCAAUCUGCUGGACCACAAUCAGGACGGGCAGCUGCAGCUCAAAGAGGUGUUGACCCACACCCGGCUUGGGAAUGGCAGGUGGAUGACCCCUGAAAACAUCCGGGAGAUGUAUACUGCAGUCAAGGCUGAUCCUGAUGGGAACGGUGUGCUGAGCUUGGAAGAAUUCAAACAGUUGAAUAUCCGCGAUUUCCACAAGUACAUGGGAAGCCAGAAAGUGAAGAUGAGUGACUUGGUGCGCAACAGCCAGCACACCUGGCUGUACCAGGGCGAGGGGGCACACCAGGUCAUGAGAGCCAUACGGCAAAGGGUAAUGCGCCUGACUCGCUUGCCCCCCGAGAUUGUGGAGCACAGCGAGCCCCUCCAGGUUGUGCGGUAUGACCAAGGAGGGCACUACCAUGCUCACAUGGACAGCGGCCCCGUCUUCCGUGAGACUGCCUGCAGCCACACCAAGCUGGUCGCCAAUGAAAGUGCUCCCUUUGAGACCUCCUGCCGGUAUGUGACAGUGCUGUUCUACCUGAACAAUGUGACUGGGGGAGGUGAAACAGUCUUUCCUAUAGCUGAUAACAGGACGUAUGAAGAGAUGUCUUUAAUCCAGAACGACAUUGACCUGCGAGAUACUCGGAAAAACUGCGACAAGGGCAAUUUGCGAGUGAAACCUCAGCAAGGCACUGCUGUCUUCUGGUACAACUACCUGUCAGACGGAGAAGGCUGGGUGGGGGAGCUGGAUGACUUUGCCCUGCACGGGGGCUGCCUGGUCACCCAAGGCACUCGGACGGAAGGGUUGCAGUGGGCCCCGACCCGCCGCCCGCAGCUGCAGUUCCAGCAGGAGAUGGAGCGCUACGCGGGGGCCGGGGCGGGUGGCCCGGGCGAGUGGACGGUGGAUAAAGCUUACAGCGGGGUGCACUUGGAGCUCUCCCCAGGGGGGGAUGCGGAAAGCACCAGCAUUGCCAAUGGUGGCACCGACCCAGUCAGCGAGGAUGCUGGCAGUGACACAGAGCCCUCUUGCUUGUCACGCAAAGGGGCUCUUCCCCUUGAGGCUCCGGUUUCCAUGCUCUUUGGGCUCCAUGGGAAGAUGGGGGUUACUUCAGUGACCUGCCACGGGGGCUACAUCUAUAGCACCGGCCGGGACGGAGUCUACCGCCAGCUCCGCCUGCAGGGCCAGCAGCUGGAGGUCCUGCGGAAGCACAGGCCCUGCAAAGGGCUGCAGUGGAUCGAGGAGCUGCGCUUCACCCCUGACGGGGACCUGCUUGUGUUGGGCUUUCACGCUGACAACUUUGUUGUGUGGAGCAGCAGGACCAGCGAGAACCUUCACUGCAUCCCCUGCGGCGGGGGGCACCGCUCCUGGAGCUACUGGAGCAGCCCCUCGGCCGAGUCCUUUGCCUUCAUCAAGUCUGGGGACGUGAUGCUGUACCACCGCGAGGCCAAGCCCUGUGAGCAGCAGGUGCUCCUGGCGUCUCUGCAUGGGCGGGAGAUCGCCUGCGUGAGGCGCCUGGGGGCGGUGGAGGUGCCCGGCCACGCCACCCUUAAUGUCUUUGUCACCGGCAGCGAGGACACCACGGCCUGCGUCCUGGCACUCAGUGAGCGUUCCCAGGCAGCUGUGCCGCUCGCCCGGCUCAGUGACCAUAUUUCCAGUGUGAGGGCGCUGGCGCUGGCCGGCCCUGCGGGACCUGGUGAUGAGGGUUUUGGUGACGAGGGCUUGUCUGCCCUGCUCUUCUCUGCGGGCGGCCGGGCCCAGAUCGAGUGCUACCGGCUGCUGUGUGCUGGGGACCCAGCCUCUGAGAGCACUGUGGCCUGCCAGGUCAUCCAUGUGGCCUCCCACCGGCUGGACGAGCACUGGGAGCGGAAGAAGAACAGGCACAAGCUUGUCAAGAUGGACCCAGAGACGAGGUACAUGUCCCUCUCGGUCAUACCCGGGACCAGCACUGAGAAGCUGCUGACACCCUGGAAGUUCCUGGCUGCUGCCUGCAGCGAUGGAUCGGUCCGGGUCUUUGGGCUUCUGGAGGCUGCCCGGAAGCUGGUGCUGGUGGCAGAGUCAUUUCACCACCAGCGCUGUGUGCUGAAGGUGGAAGCGUUCCUGCACGCACGGGUCGGAUGGGAGAGGCAUCUCCUGUGCAGCGCGGCCACCGACGGCAGCAUUGCCUUCUGGGACAUCACCAGCACGAUUGCAGAUGCGGCGGACGCCCUGCACCGAGCGGAGGGAGAGAUGCAGCCCCUGGCCCUGGGUGCCCCACUGCUCACCGUCAUGGCCCACAGCUGUGGCGUGAACAGCCUCCACGUCCGUGAGACGCCAGAGGGACAGUACCUGGUGGCCAGGGGCAGCGACGACGGCUCCAUCCAUGCCUGCCUGCUGGAGGUGGCCCUGAGCAGGGGUGGGCUGGAUGCCCUCAGCACCACCUUCUUCCAUGUGCCUGACCUGGCUGAGCUGGACUGCUGGGAGGUGAGGGAGGCCGGGGGGGACCUGCACUACUACUGCGUGCUCUGCGGGCAGGGGCUGGAGAUGCUGCGUGGCACAGCCCCCCCUGAGCCCCCCGCACCAGAGGCUCCCCAGUAA